UGCUGUAAUUGCUGUGUUGCCAAGACCUCUGAGAGCAUUGUGCUAUCUUCAGCAUCUGAAGAAGCCCCAGAAAUGUGCGUAACAGUCUGUGGAGACACACAUUACAGGGUGAUGCCUGUGUAACGAACAGUUGCAUGCCCCGAACAUCAUCAGUAGUAGACAUUGCUACUCACCUCUAGGAUACGUACAUUUCACCCCUUCACAAAUGCCACUGGUAUACGAGUGUCAGCGACAGGUUCACGCAAUGAAGCAGCUUAUAUACUCCUUGCACUAUUUUCACUACUGCAGUAAAAGCAGGGCUGUAGGGUCCUUGAUGUGGUAUGAGCAUGCUCAUAACCAUUUCAGUAAGCAAUACUUCCAAAUGUGGUGCCCCAUGAAAAUUGCCUCCAUAGAAAUAGGUCAGAUUGUAUUCCAAUUGUAGUCUGUGUCCAACUUCCUGUGCU